ACCACCGACGAGGUCAUCUUUGCCGAGGCCAUCUGGGACUACCUCACCAGCGACAAUGAGGAGCUGAACUUUCGCUGUGGUGAUCUGAUCAACGUCACCGACACCAGCCACAAAGAGUGGUGGUGGGGCGCCAUCAAGGGCCAGGGCGAGCUGGAGACGCGCUACGGCUGGUUCCCCGCUUCUUAUGUUAGGCUCAAGGUGAGCCAAGGCGAGACGCUGGAGGAGGCGCUGGAAGCGGGCAAUGGCGGUGAGGAGGAAGAGACAAGCGAAACUGUCAGUGAAAGCGAGCCCAACAACAACAACAACAACUCGACAACAGCAGCUCCCAACACCACAAUUACCGCCUCCCCUUCUGCCUCAUCCUCCUCAACUCCUAACCAGUCGGAUCUCAUCAAGAGCACUGGCAGCAGCAGCAGCAAUCAAAACGACGCCACCUUAACCUCUUCCGCCCACUCGGUGACNGCCUCAUCCUCCUCAACUCCUAACCAGUCGGAUCUCAUCAAGAGCACUGGCAGCAGCAGCAGCAAUCAAAACGACGCCACCUUAACCUCUUCCGCCCACUCGGUGACAACGCCGGUGAAGAAGCGGAUGAGCAUGAGCUCCUCCACCAGCAGCAGCGCCAAAAUGAGCGCCGAGCAGGUGCGCGCCAAGGUCGUCCUCGAGAUCGUCAACACCGAGCGGGACUUUGUGAAGAACCUGAAGGACGUCAUUGACGGCUACCUGAAGCCGUGCCGCGACCGGACGGACAU